AUGGCCCGGUUGUCAAAUUAUCUUCUCACACUCGUUGGGGCCUUUGCCUUCUCACAAGGCACCCAUGCUUACGACUAUCUCUCUCCUGCCCGUUCCUCUUCCGAUGCAUUGAUGCACUGGUAUAAUCAGGGCACUGGAGUGUUCAAUGGCACGGGCUGGUGGAACAGUGCAGAAUGUAUCACUGCACUCGCCGACAUGCAAGGUCUUGACCCAACACACAACUUCAACGACACCCUUUCCAACACUUUUGAGAUCAACAAAGAUGUCUGGACAACGAAAAGCGACUUCUAUGACGACGAAGGCUGGUGGGCUUUGGCAUGGAUCAAAGUUUACGAUUUGACACAUGAUCAGAAAUACCUCAGUGCUGCAGAGCAGCUAUUUGACGACAUGUCCAAAGGCUGGACUACUAAUUGCAACGGCGGAAUCUGGUGGGACAAGGACAAGACAUAUGUCAAUGCUAUCGCCAAUGAACUCUUCCUGAGUGUCGCUGCUCACCUUGCAACCCGCACAUGGAACAUCAAGUACCUCAACUGGGCAGUAAAAGAAUGGCAAUGGUUCGAGCAGUCCGGAAUGAUCAGCAAGAACAACACAAUUAACGAUGGGCUCGAUGGUUCCUGUAAGAAUAACGGGUAUACCGUCUGGACUUACAAUCAGGGCGUCAUUCUGGGGGCUCUGAUCGAGCUGUCGAAGGCUAGUUUCGACGACUCAUACAUCGUCACUGCUAGAGAUAUCGCAUGGGCUGCUAUCGAGACUCUUACCGAUAGCCACGGUGUCUUGCACGAUAGCUGCGAAAAAGGUUGCGGAGGCGAUGUUUCUCAGUUCAAAGGCAUCUUCACCCGCAACGUCGCUCAGCUAUAUACAGCGACUUCGGAUCCUGACCUGAAGAAAUUCUUGGAGACCAAUGCUCAGAGCAUUUGGAAGAACGAUCGCGACUCGCAAAACCGUCUGGGACUCUCCUGGGCUGGACCAUAUGACACGGCAGAUGCGUCAACUCAAAGUUCCGCCCUGAUGGCAUUGAUUGCCGCAGCAUCUGUGCAAGGCAGCUGA